AUGUACAGACAAAUUUACAUCCAAGGUUUCGGCUGUAGCCUUACAUCGCCUCUUAUUGAUGAUUCCGGCAGCAAGGGGUUCAGAGAUAGCCUAUCAGUCCGUGUAACCCUCGCUUUGACUGAAGCUUUGCGUCCACCACCACGCGCUAGACUCUUGACUGAGUUGAAGUUCAUUAGCGGCAAUGCUAACGAGUUUAGUGGUGACCAUCUCAAGCUCGAACACGGGGAUCAAAGAUCCAAGCGCAAGGCUAGUUUUAGCUCAUUGACCGACCUGACUCUUGGUGCAUUCAUUAAUGUGGCUACCAAGCAUUGUUAA